CAACUCGGCUGUUUUUGUGGCGAGCCCAACCUUGCUUCAGAGCGUGACUCAGUGUAGCAGUUCAGGAGGAAAAGAAAAGAAAGCAAGUGGAAGUGAAACAUGUAGAAUGGAGCUUUCAAAACACUCCACGGUAAACACCAUCUUCACAGCCAACGUCUGACCACCACUUGCGCAUGGAAUGGAAGACGUGGCCCCACUUGGCUCUAUGUUUUUCCUCCAGGAAAAUACCUACAAGAGCUCCAUGACAAUCACCAGAUGAGGAGGGCUGGAUCCAGAGAAGAUAAUCUGCCUCCUUAUCGUGACUUUGGGGUAAAGUCAAGCGGGCAUGGCUGAGGAAAGGGAGCUGUCGUUCUCCGUCGCUUUCUGUCACAGCCAAACAGAAGACUCCUCUGUCUCCGGGAGAAAUGGGUUUCAGAACGGGCUGGUGCUCCUGGUCCUUACAGCUCACCAGGCCUGUUUUUCCACCCCGUUGGAUAUAAAUCUGUGGUCAGAUAGGCUGAAGAACUUGGGGAUUGAGAUGACUGUUGACCAGUGGAAACACCUAAUCCAACAUGCAGUUUUGGAGCCAGAAGUGAGAAACUAUUUGUUCUACAACUCCAGGGCUUUUGGAAUAUCCAUUGCUGUGAUUCUCUAUGUAAUCCUCUGGGUCAAUCUUUAUUCCACACUAAAGGCAUUUUCCGUAGGACCUUCUUGGGAAGUCAGCAUCAUAGUCACUGUAGUGGCCUUAGUGGCCGCUGUGGUCGUCCGACUCGUAAUCCAUCGAUACCAAAGCAAGAUGAAUAUGAAUACUGACAUGAGGCUGGCAGCUGCAAAUGAGGUUUUCAUGAAACAUGAAUUCCUGGUGGGCUUCACCAAUCUUCCAGACAAGCAUCGUAGCGUUCCACAGCUGUGGUUUAUCCAUUACAAGGUGGAACCCUGCCUUCAGUCCUUGGCAGACACUUUGGUCCAAAUGAAGAGGAACCAGGAGAAGCACAACAUGGACAAACUCUGCCUUGUAAUCGAGAGCCCUGUUGUCUCUGCUCUGGGAAGUAAAUCAGACAGAUCUUUGGAAGAGACCCCACUCUUAUCCGAGAGAAGGAACAGCAGUAGAGGAGUCAUUACAUAUCGGGAGCCCCUCCGUCUCAUCCCCGAUGGAACUCCAGAAGAGAUGGCCCAACAUCUGUUGACAAUCUUCAGUGGCUACUACGUCAGGCUGUUGGUCAGUGGUCAGCUCCCAAGGGUUCCAUCAGGAUGGCAUGUCAACCUUGCCCAUGUCCCGUGCCUCUGUCAAUUCAUUGAAGCCACAGUGCUGGGAAAGAGAUCUUGAAGUGAGAAGAGACCGAUGAGUUCUUACGAUCUCCAGGUGAAUAUCACCAACUGACAAACAAGGAAGAGAAUCAGAACAAUCCACAGCAUGUGUCACACCUCAGAAUAGUUCACCUUGCUAUAGACACCCAGUCUAUAGAAAAAAGAAAGUCUUUUGUAGUUUUAUUGAGCAAAAGCAAAUAUAAAUCAAAGCAGGCAGUAAAAAAAGUCCAUAGAAAUCCAAUAGUUCAUAAGCCAUAAUAAUCCACAAGUCCAUUAGCCAAAACAGUAAACGACAGAUCCCAAAGAACAAAGGCCCAAAGGUUUCAAAGAUCCAGGAACAGAAAUCUUCUCUUGGCAUGAAACCGAAACAUUCACUCAGAUGAAGUGAGAAUUUGCUUUGACAAAAAUCUAUUGCCAAACACACACUUUUAAAAGCACCCCAGAAAUGUAUUUCUCUUUCCUGUGGAGGCCUCUCUUCCCUGCCAAUCUCACACUCCUACGGGGCUGAACUCCCUUCCAUAACAACUGGUCUGCCCUAGAUAAUUCAAGGUCUUCGUUAUCUUGCACCUGAACCGGGGCUGAAGACAGCGGGGCUUGAGACAUCUCUUGCUCAUUAAUUCCCAUGGGAAUGUCGUCCUGGCUGUUAUCUAUGGCCUGUGGGGUCAACAGUUCAUUCUGCUCAAGCUGCAUUUCUCGAGCCUUUGAAUCAGCCUGUAUUAUUCCCAUGCCAUCCUCCUGAAAAUCAUCCUGCAUCCCAUCAUCUAGCUCUUGUAUCUGAAACCCAGAAUCCCCUUCUUCAUCCUCACUCUGGCUAUGCUGUGGCUGAGUCACAACAGCAUGGAAAAAACCCAACAAUUGAUUACCUUCUCCAUAUGUAAAGGUAGAGUUACAGCUGGGCUUUAAGAAAACAAAAAUAAUGGCCUCAGAUGAUUUCCAAAGCUUCAAAGUGGGUGCUAGACAUCAAAAUAGCUGGCAACUGUCAUAAUCUUAAACCAGAAUGGACAUUGCUGUCAAGAAGAAGAAUACAACUUGAAAUACCAACUAUGGAGGAUCCGAUCCUCAAGUGUAAAGAUUUAUCACUUAGAUACCAAAAUCAGAAGCAUCCAUGCCAUAGCAUUUCUCAUUUCUAUGGGCAGAAACAGGAUCAAUGCAACUAAAAUGUAGUUCUGGAGGACAGUUCUAUGGAGACAAAGGUCGGGGCUCAGCAGUUUGAUGCUGGGGAUGCUGGGGAUGCUGACUCGGAGGAUGAGGGGAAUGAUGGACUUUUCUCUGUGUGUGACCAGGCUGAACCUCAGACAGAAAUGCAGGCCAUAAAUCAGAGAGUAGGGUCGACAUCUGCAGAAGAAUUAGAGGAUAUUGGGGAUUCCUUUUCUCUUGAUAAUGGUCCUCCUCAGCCUUCAGAAGAUUAGGGGUUACCCUGACUUAAGGUUUUGCUUGGAGAGAGCAAAAGUAAUAUUUAUUAGAACGUCAGAAAGACUUCGUGAGAAGCAGUCCUUGAAGCCCAGGUGCCAAAGGGAUGAUCUCAUGGCUUCUUGGUCAGGUUUGGGUUUAAAUUGAAUGAUAUUUUCCUGGUUUCUUUAGAGCAGAUGACGUUGUGUUAAUAUCAAGUUCAUUUAAAAGUCUUAAGUUUGCCUUAGUUCUUAUAAUAGUUUUGCCUCGGAAAAGUUCCUGUUUUCAUGCUUAUGGAUGUAUGCCUAUGUUCCCGACUUCCUGGAAUUCAUGUACCUUGCUACCUUGGACUGUUGAUCUUCGUAUUUUUGGACUAUUGCUAUUUCACAGCGCCUUUUCCACGUCUUUCUGGGAAACGCCAAUUUUCCUUUUGUAUGUGCUUUUUGUAACUAAACGGCUGUACUUAGUGCA